GUGUGAAAGUAAGUGCCUCAAGAGUCUAAAAGCAGAACUCCCUCAAGAAUACAUUCCUACAGGUGCAGACUAGGAAAUAUUCAUCUUCUUUGGCAGAAUUGAGUUCGUUCCCAGUGUACUAGAUUGGAAUGGAACAAUGAGACCCACUCACCAAAACUGUAGGCUGUUGUCCGGAACUUUCAUUCUCUUGCGGGGGGGAGCAGUGGGCAGAGGGAGAUGAUAAAAGUAGAUAGAUGUUAGUUCUCUAUAUACAGCCCAAAACUUGAGAGGCCCUGAGGGAGAGGAGAGAGAGAAUUUCUUGAGUUCUAUUCUUCACUCCUUAGUCGGACAGACCUGUAAUUCCAUGGGAAAAUUCAAUGGUCAUUUUUACCCAGGGUUAUAUCUUUACUCUUAUGGACUAUACCAGACAAUAGUGAUCUCCAAGGCCAUAAUCUUCAAUGAUUCUCUCCUGUAUCCUUCAUGCCCUUCCAGGAAUAAGGGGAGAUGGGCCAUGCUGUGGAAAAUAUCCUAUGGAGGUGUGUUGAAGAUGGCAACUGGCUCCAUUUUAACAGCUUAUGUGGUCAUCUGUCUUGAUGAUGGGAUGGUGCUGAUGAGUAAGCAGGUGCCACCGAGAUUUAUGUAUCCCAAGGAGUGGCAGCACCUUACCAUGUUCAUCCUCCUCACCCUCCUUGGCUGUGUAGAUGUCAUAAGCAAGAACCUGCUGCCUCAGAGAUGUGUGGUCCUUGAAAAAAGUACACUGGUCCUGACCUUCUAUGUGCUUUUGCUGCUGUUGGUGUCACACAUUCAGGCUUCUGUAGGGGUGGAGCUGCAGGUUCAUUCUCUACUCAUCUUGGUGGUGUUCCUGCUGAUGCUGGUGUUGACCGCAGAGCUGUGGGCUCCCAACAUGUUUCACCUCAGGCUAAUUGAGACUUUUCUAUUUCUGAUGAUGGGCUCCUGGCUCAUGCAGGCAGGCUUUAUUCUGUACAAACCUGUCACUGGAUACCCAUGGCAGGACGAUGACAUGAGUGACAUCAUAUUUGUCACCACCUUCUUCUGCUGGCAUAUCAUGAUUAACGCCUCAUGUCAGCUGGGAAUCUAUGGCUUCUCAUCCUUUUGGUAUCGUUGUUUCUGUCCUGGCGUGAAGCUCACAGUGUCCAAAGAAGCUCCAUAUCAUGCCAGCCCUCUGCGACCCCUCUACAAGUUGUUGCAGGAAGUGGAGCCGUCAGAGAAAGAUGACCAGGCUCUCCUCCUUCCAACAAGCUCACCUUGAGACAGGGCCUAAGAUGCCUGGCACAGAGUCUACCCUCAUCUUUGUCUUUAUGCGUUCUUUCAGCCAUGGGCGUUGCACCCUCUUUGGUUCCCAGUGAAGGUAAUGGUCCUGAAGAAGAACAGUUGGCCCCAUCUGUUGUCCCUGCCCACAAGCCUGUAAUCACUGAGGAGAUGGGGAGACAGGGA